GAUGCACAGCAAUAAUAAUAACAUUAACAACUAUAAUAAUAAUAAUAGAAUUAUGAUUAUACAUUAUUUCCUUCAGUAAAGAUUACAGAAAAGGGAAAAAGCUCUCUGAGCUAGCAAGUUAGGAAGUCUGUUAGCUCAGAUGCUAACGGGAAAAUACAUUCACAUUCAACAUCUGUAUUUGUACCAUCAACACUUCUCUCCUGUCUGCAAACCAUUUCUCUUUUGUGGAGUAGACCUUUGAAUAAAUGAGAGGAUUAAUGGCUAAUGAGCUCUUGUUCAUUUGCCAUGACCACAAUCUUCCCCCAAUCUUAACUUUCUUCUUAUUGUAGACAGAAAGAAUUUGAAAAACCUUGGCACUUAACAUUAUGUGAUUCUGAAGAAUCGUCCAAUAUUGAUAUUGUAUCCGUGUGAACCAGAAUACACUGGGCCACUUCUUGACUAUAAAUUCUUGAUGCAGCCCGAUCAAUCCCUACAGUAUCACAAAAUUAUGUGCAAUAUUUAUCAGCCUUUCUCAGACUUAUUACAAAAAUUGAAGUACUUCUUUUGGUUACUUUGUCAUCACAGUCAAUAGUUGAGUUCCCUUAACCAAUCAGUCUGGAAUGAUGCAGUAAUGUCUACUCUAACCACUAACUGUGGAUUGUCUCAAAAGUGAGGUAUCUUUAUCUGUGUUAACAUCUGUCUCUCCAACAAUAAAGUUAAUGACACUUAAUGUUCAUUGUCAGGUUAUUUGUAAAUGGGUCACUGCUGUUUUAGAGAUCUAAAGGUAGAAACCUUGACUGUUUUUUGCUAUAUUUUAAUGCAGAAAACAGUGAAAACAAGUAAAAGGGAUGACUUACAACAAAGAUCUUGAAUUUGAUUCAUUUUGGAGUGGACAAGUAUGCCAUGUGCCCAGCUCAAACACAAGGAAACCACUACAUGUAAUGGCUUGUCAGUUUCCAGUAAUGGCAAUAAGCCUGGCUUGCUGACUCCACAUCUGUCCUUUACGAUUAUUUAGACAUGAUGGCAGUAAUCCUUUAAAAACACAUUUUUUGACAAGAACUUGUAGUGUUAACAUUAAUCACAAUAAAACGUGUUCAUUGUUUUGGGUCCAUAGACAAAUAGAUCAAUAGAUAAAUGCACUACCUCAUCAUUAAAUACAGUAUAACCAAAGCUGUCUUUUAUUUUAGCCUCAGAGGUUUGAACUGCAUUUCUGGUCAGGUUUAAAUAAUGUUCUCUAUAACCUGUUUCCAAUUGGAACAAGACAGAGGAGUGUGACUCCCACUAUAAUGGGAAACAGCCCUGUGUCUUCUUUGUGCCAGGUAAAAAAAAAAAAAAAAAAAGGAAGACGAGAAUCUGGAGCAAGGGUCACUGCAGGCCAAUAGUUGCAAAUCAAGCCAUUCCCCACUGUUAUGAUUUUAAAAUCACAGCAAAUGGUAUUCAAGGAAACCGGCCUGUCAAAUAUUCAGGAUCACAGGAGAAAACAUACUUUGUGGGGCGAUGGAUUUGAGAGGUUCCUUUUCCACUUCUUCUGCCCAUCUGUCUUUCUUGACUCCUCAUCAUGAUUCAGUGCAACUGUGAAUCCCCCUUGUGCUUUUAGUUGUGUGUGUGUUAUGUAGCUUUUUGGCACUCCAACCCCGAGAAAAUUAGUACUCUCCCUCUCUGCUGUGACGUUUGACCACAUUUUUCCUGUGAAAAUUAAAUCCCAAUGACGUUGCUAUAAUUGGAUCAAUGCAUCACUUGGGUUACAAGCUUUGUUUGGUUUCAAUUGUUUUGCUAAAACUUUUUCUAUCCACAAAUGGGUGACAAAUUAAAGGAAAAACAACAUCAAAUGUCUUAAGUAAGAGCUCCCCUGGGGUCACAUGGUAGGAAAAAAAAACUUAAUGUGUAAAUCCGUGAAACGGAUUUAUAAUCGAACACACAAUUAUCCUUGGUCGGGAGAGGUUGCUGCAAUAUUUUCUCUUUCUGAUUUGACUUUUACUUUCAGGAAUAACUUGCAGUGUAAUAUAAAUACAGUCAAACAAAAAAUAUUAAAGAUCUAUAAGGGUAGGGAAGGAAGAUAUUUGUAAGAAGCCAAAGCUUAGAAACUACAUUCAAAACAAAGACGAUUAUUGUACAGAACCAUAUAUAAAGCUACAUUUACAGAGAAGGCAAAGGUCCUUGUGUGCUCAGUUAAGAACUAGUACUUUACCACUGGUGAUUGAAGUAGGCAGAUAUAAAUAUAUUCCCGAAAACAUUUAUGUGUUUUUUGUGAUCUUGGUGCUGUCGAGGAUGAAUUUCGUUUUGUAUUUAAUUGCCCUUUGUACAAUGACUUGAGGAAUUGUUUGUUUGAAAAUAUCCAAAUGAAAAACCCUGGUUUGUUUUGGUUGUCUGAUGUGUUGAGUUGGCUUUUUAAUAUGAAGAUUUUUGUUCUAGCGAGAUUUAUAGGAGAUGCUUGGCAGCUGACAGAGAACACUGUAUCCAUCAUAAUGGGACUUUCCUCCCAUGUAACUAAAUGUUCCGAAAUGCUCUCGUUUCUGAAUUUGUGGAAUUGUAUAUUAUGAUCUGCCAAGUGGCCAUCCUGGUUAUUACUGUCUAGUGUCUUGUAAGCCCAUAUGGGCUGAGCACCAGAAAGGUGCAGGACACUUAAACAAUUCAAUCAAUCAAUGUAAACUGUGCCCUUCGAUUCAUAAUCCAUGCCAAUGGAUUACAUGCCCUCUUCUGGCUUUUUUGGCAAACAUCCCAUGAUUUAAAUUGAAUCUGGGAUUGUAAUUUUAAGUGGAUCUAAGAGUUUUCAUUCAAAGAGUUUAAAAAAAAAAACAAACAAACAAAAAACAGCUUGGUGUGAAAUUUGACUUUUGUGUGAAAAGUAAGGAUGUCAAAAAAUAAUCAGAUAGAUGGAAGCAUGUUAACACCAACAUACAGGCCUAUUUUGGAACCAAUAUGAUGACAAAAAAAAUCAAAACCAUUGGGAGAGCCUAUAAUAUUAACUGCCCAUCACUGAAUGGGCAGUUAAAAAGCUCCUUUUAUACAGCCUGUUUACAGCGGGAACGCUGCGCCUUUAUUCUGCCUCGCUGUUCUGUAUAAAAAGGUACGGACACAGUAUGGGGGAGUAGAGUUGCUCUGUCAAUAAGCCGGAUCCAGAGGUAGUCACAGAGCCGGAUGGACUGUGUGUGUAAAAGGGACAGCCAGCGUGGCGGACAGGGAGGUGACACUGUUGUGAAUCUUGAACGCUAGCAUGCUAUGUUAAAGCACACACAGGGACGGCAUUAUGCCAGCUUUGUUUGAUUCAGCGUAAACAAGCAAAGCGACUUAAUGAUGGAUCUUCUUUACAGCUAUAAUGCAGGAUCUCUGUAAAAAAGAGCCUACAGGUAGUAGAGAGAUACUGAGCAUACAAUUCCCGCUCAGAAUUCAGACAUUCAAAUAAAAUGGUGGAGAGUAAUGUUAGCAAGCACUAUGAGGAAGUGAUUUUGGACACAUCUUUAGAGUACAUCCACACUAAGCCAAUAUUUUUCACAUCUAAAAACAGAGCUUUUUGAAAACCCGUCUCCAGAGUGGAUGAAUCUAAAAACCACAACCUUGUGUUUCAGUGCGAACAGGGAAAAAUUGGGCUUUUGGAAAAGAACAUUGAACACUUCCUAUUGCUGCGGCUUCAUAAUGAAAGUGUUCAACUAGUGAACCACAAGAUGUUUUUUAUUGUGGAACAAUUGAGAAAUUUAGUUUAAAUUUAAUGCAUUUGUCGCAAGGUGAGCUCUGAAGCAUCUACAAAAUGAAAUAUGGUCAUUUCUGGUGCUUUAUAUCAGAAGGAUUUGCAAAAAGCGACACAACAUUAUUGACUUUCUGUUGCAUUUCUAACAGAGUAGCUGCUCAAGAAGUGUUUGCUGCCUCCAGUGGUCAAUACACGUCAAUUAAUUUGGAACAGAACACUGGGAACUUUAUAUUUACGAGACACAGGUGUCUCCAAAUCAACAACGGCUGAAGUUUCAAGGAUUUCCCCUAACUUUUUGAAACUUAAAACAGUUCGCAGCUGAGUUUCAAAACAUCAACACUGAGUCAGCAGGAAAUUCUGAGGUUUGGCAACGAUAUCGGAUGUCGUAACAAAAUUAGCGAAUGUACUUUUUAUACAUGAUACACGCAUGAGAGCAAGUUCAGACUAGAACAUUGGACCUACAUGUUUAGUCUGUCUCUGAACACAUUUUCAAUCAAAAACUCCCACUGAUGUCAAAGUUCGACUAGCACAUCUGUGUUGUUACUGGAAUGCCAAAACUCAUUCAGAGUUCUGGCCUAAUAGUGGCAUCUCAUGAACAAGUAAGGAGUAAGUAAACCCAGACACAUGAGGGAAAAAAACACUCCCACACACAGAUGAAGCUCAAAAAAAUCACAGACAGGAAUUUAGAAAUUUAAAGAAAGAAAUAACUCCCCAAAUGGAAUAGUACUAGCUAUAGGCUCCUAAACUGUUUGGUAUAGUUUUGGCCUGUUUUAUGUCUGUACAUGUAUUUUUAUGCACCAUAUUAUUUUGGGUGUAUUCUGGUACAGAAUGAAGUCUUGUGCAGGGAUUUUCUGACCUCUGUGGAGGCACAUUUUAUCAUCCACAGCAGCUGUGUAAGAAUUUGACAAAGCCUGUUCCUUUUCUACAAAGCACAGCACGAUGCCUUGUCUCCUACCUGUCCACAUGAACAUAAGAUUGACUGCUAGAGUGAAUAUCAAGGAAUGGACAGAAACAUUAGAGAAACAUCAGGGGAGCUCAAAACAUAUUUCAUUGUCAAGUGUUGUGAACAACUGUAUGUGUCAAAAUUUGAUACAGAUAUUUCAUCAUCCCAUCCCACCGGGAGAUCUGGUGGUUCUGGUGGUUAUAUUCUGUGUUUUCCUUAUUGUCAACAAAUCCGAUGAAAAGAAAAAUCAAAACCAACGCUGAGUUUAUCCCACAAACAAAUAUCGUCUAUGUAGCCAAAGCCUGAAAUAGAUUAUUCCUCUGAGCUAUACAGCUCCAUUGUCCAAAAAAGAUUAAAAACACAUCAAUUAAUCACACCUCUGCAGUGGGUGACAUGUUGCUUCUUUACCAUGAACAUAAGCACAGUAGUUUAUUUUGAGUCAAUCCCACAUAAACCAUCCUGCUGCUGUAAAUACUGACAAGUCCUCCAAAUUAAACGACCAAAUACGCUGUUGACUAUGCACCCAAGAAUGACACACCAAAAUCAUUUGUCUGUGCGUUCCAAAACCAUUUAAAACAUCACUGUUAAAAAAUAAUGAUGUGACAAUAAGGUCUGGUUAGGUUUAGGCACAAAAACCAUUUGGUUAGGUUUAGGGAAAGAUUUGGGUUAAAAUGAUCACUUUGUUAAGAUUAGAGAAGCAUUUGGUGUGAGUUAAAGUUCCUUAUAGUUAACAAUAAUAACCACAGGAUUAUCGUUAGGGGACAAUCGUAGUUACAGUUUUUAGAAGAUUGUCACUUGCAAAUGGCUGCGGGAAACAAACAGCGGCCUCAUGUGGCAAAGUCCAAAGUUGAGUUCAGACAUCCACCCAACCCACCACCUCUGAAUGAGGAAAUCUGUCAACGUAUAUAGAUGUCGUCUCAACUGCACCACUGCCCCAGGUCAUAAUAACUACAGCUGCUAGAUGGCAUCUGUCACUCAAACUUAACUAUAUGUCAUUUUUGGGCGACUGACGUUACGACCUGUUGUGUCGUUCUUCUUGGGAGUGACAGUCUCAUAAAUACUCACUGUAUUAAUCUGCGGCUGAAAAUAGUCCCCAACAAAUGCACUAUUUACUCCUGUUUAGGUAACAUUUGCUAAACACUUCACUGCCUGGCUGUUUAAGGACAUUGCUGAGACUGUAAAAUAAAAAAAAUAAAACAAAAAUGCUGGUUAGGGGAUCAUUUAUGCAACAACAACAUGAUAAAAACUCUAUCCGAUGGUAGAUAGAGUUAUGAGAAUUACAGAUGGGAAAACAGGUCUGGUACACUUCAGUUAAUUCAAUUCAUAUGAGCAGGAGCGACUCCUGAGUGCAGUUGUGAAUCGAAAUAAACCCUGACAACACCAACAGCCUCUAAAACAAUCCUGUGUCCUCUCUGUGUAUGAAUGACAGCUGGAUUUUCAGUGCAUCGUUUCAUUUUCAGCCAUGGAAUGACAAAAAAAAGGGAAAAAUGUUCAUAAUAAACCCAUAUUCAGUUGUAAAAUAGAAAAAAAUAAAACAUACAAACCGCAUCAAUCCAUGUAAUAUUUUUUCAAACACACCACACAGGAGGCUUUUGUCAAAAUAACAACCAUUAAACUAUCACAUUUGUUUUGGUUCAACAUGCUUCCACAUGAGGGAGACAUGCUCCUCCCAACUCCAACCCCUUUUCUUUCUUUCUUUUUUUUUUUUUGUUUGGUGAGUAAGAAAAAAAAAUGUAGAAAUAUAUAAAAAUUUCCUCUGAAGGGAAGUCUUUAAAAACCCCAGAGUUCUGUUUGACAGAGAAACAGAGACAAACACAAGGAGAGAGACGAAGAGAGACAGACAGAGGGGGGAGUGAGGAGGAAGGAGUGAAGAUCAAGGAACAGAAAAUAAGGAACAGAAAAUACUGGAGAAAAGUGAGAGGAAAGAGAAGACAACUCCUCACUAAGCAACACUUGAGCUGUUUGUCAACUCCUCUGCUGCCAUGUAUCUGUCCUCCUAGAAGUCAUUCUGAGGGCUAAACAAGGACAUAAAUUGGAGAAGAGAGAGACAGAGGAGGAGAGAAAAACAGUAAACCUUGGCUGAGGUGAGGAGAAAGGUGAGGUGUGUGGGAGAGCAUAAGGCGAAGAGAGAGGAACGAAAGGCGGGGGAGUGGAGGAGUGCGAGGCGCCCCGUUCUUCCAGCGAAGCAAGAAGGGAAGCAGGGGAGAAGAAGAAGAAGAAGAAGAAGAAGAAGAGGAGUGAUAAAGAGUUGGGGACGGAGGGAGAAGAGUCAGCUGGACAUGGGGCUUUAUGCUGUUCUCCUCAUCUGUCUCUCCCAGGCUGAACUGGGGAGAGUGUGGGCUCAAGAGCGUGAAGAUGCACUGACUCCUCUGCGGACUGAUGGGGAUCCGUCCGGUUUACACAGAACCAGGAGGGACCAGCAGACUCUACACAAACACAGAGGAGCCCGGGACACACAGGCUGAAGGAGCAGGAGGAGUAGGAGGAGUUGAUAUCAGCCCCCUGCCUGACAACAUGACCCGCACAGUGGAGGACUCCCAGAGGUACUACAGAUGGCAGAGUUUUGGUCCAAUGGACAGACGGACUGAAGACUUGUGGGUAGAUCUGAACGCCCAGCACAAGAGCCAAGUCCGAAUCCACGGCAUACUGUCCAAUACACACCGACAGGCAGCAAGAGUGGCGCUUUCUUUUGAUUUCCCUUUCUAUGGGCACUACUUGAGACAAAUUAUCGUAGCAACUGGUGGGUUCAUAUUCACGGGGGAGAUUACUCAUCGAAUGCUGACUGCCACGCAGUACAUCGCUCCCCUCAUGGCCAACUUUGACCCCAGUUUUUCGAAAAACUCAACAGUGAGGUACUCGGACAACGGUAAUCUGUUUGUGGUACAGUGGGACAAAGUGCGGCUAAAGGACCGAGAGGCUGAAGGAACUUUUACUUUCCAGACAGCCCUCCACAGAAAUGGAACUAUUGUUUUCAACUACAGGGAUGUACCUGUGCCAGUGUUGAAUAUUAAUUCCACCGAACAUCCAGUGAAAGUGGGACUGUCUGAUGCUUUCAUGGCAUAUCUCCCCUCCGCACAGCCCUCAGAUGCAAAGCGGCGUACUAUCUAUGAGUAUCAUCGUGUUGAGAUCGACACCACAAAGAUUGUUAGCAGAUCUGCUUUUGAGUUCACACUUCUGCCCACUUGUCUUCAACACACAACCUGUGAACUCUGUCUAACAUCCAACUUGACAACCGAUUGUGGCUGGUGCAACACACUUCAACGAUGUUCUGAUGGAAUCGACCGGCAUAGACAAGAAUGGCUUGAUUACAACUGUCCUGAAGAGGCAAAAGGCAAAUGUGAGGACUACAACCCAGUAUUACCUGAGGGAUCUAUGAGCUCCUUUAACCAGUCUUCACCGGGUCCAACACCUUCCUCAGCAGUGCUCGAGGACCAGCCUGUCACGAGGGAUUUACAGACAGGCCCUCCACACCAUAAAGGGAUAACAGAGAACACAGCCAUCAUAACAGGUGUAGUGGCUGCCCUUGUUCUGCUUGUAGUUCUGACCUUACUGGCUGUUUACUACAUCAACACACACCCGACAGUUGCUCCACCAUUCUACCUCAUGCAGCGACGCACCAAUAACUACUGGCCCUCUAUGAAGUUCCGCAACCAGGGCUGCCACUCCAGUUACGCUGAGGUCGAGCUUGGGGGUCAUGAAAAGGAAGGCUUCAUUGAAGCUGAGCAGUGCUGCUAAGCGGCCUGGACGUGCAGGACACAGUGAGAGAAAGAAAGGACACCAUCUAGAGGACUUUAACGGUAUUACAAAAAGGGAUGAAUAUGGACGAUCAGGCCGACCAUCAUCACAGGACGUCCCUACUCCAACCUCGGCGGCUGGACGGUGUUUACUGUAACUGCUCUUGUAGCUCUUGCAGCUUUUCUCUGUGUCUCUCGCUCUCUUUGCCAUCACACAGGGGAUUUGCCAUAUCAUCCAAGGGGUUGGAGGGUCUGAGAGGAAGCCGACUGUACAGAAAUGAUGAGAGAAAAUGUGUAACUUUACAAAACCUACCAAUUCAAGGGGGUGUCAGGGAAUGAAUCGAACUAGCCUUCAUACUGCAAACCGAUGUACAGUUCAACUUAACUAUGUUUUUGUUUUUAUCCUGUCUAUGGAGUUAUUUUUUGUUCCACAAAAUGUUCAUGUGAGCAAUGAUUGGUUCAUAAAAUGUCAUAUCUAUGUGGACUUCACUACAACAGAUAUCUAGCUAUAUAACUGAUAGUGAUUAUAAUGAUCAUCCUGAAUUUCUCUGGAGAAAUACUGUUUGGAUGAGUUUUAGAGACAUCAAGUUAUGAGAGUUUUCUUUGAAUUUUUCUGUUUAAAUGUCUUCUAAUAAAAGCUGGUGGUGAGUGUUGA